GGUGUUGUUGAUAGCGUUGCUCCAUACUAAAGUUCACAAAAAGCUGAUGUCUAGUUGGUCCAACACCGAGGUGCGAGUUCUACACAGCAUUGACCACCAUGAGCGGGAGACAAGACCUUACUUUCGACCCCAAAGAACACCAGCAUCUGCGUUACAACCCACUGCGAGACAGCUGGGUUCUUGUGUCAGCCCACCGCAUGAAGAGACCCUGGGCUGGGCAGGUGGAAAAACCUCCCGAGGAGCACAUACCAAGAUAUGACUCAGGAAACCCUCUCUGUCCUGGUAGCACAAGAGCGAAUGGAGAGGUAAAUCCAAACUAUAACAGCACUUUUGUGUUUGAAAAUGACUUCCCAGCUCUUCAGCCAGAUGCUCCAGAUCCUGGUUUGGAUCAACAUCCAUUAUUUCAGGCUAAAGCUGCCAGGGGUGUCUGUAAAGUCAUGUGCUUUCAUCCCUGGUCUGAUGUCACCCUUCCUCUCAUGAAAAAGCAAGAGGUUGUCAAGGUGAUUGACAAGUGGGCAGAACUCGUAGAGGAGCUAGGUGCUACCUACCCUUGGGUCCAGAUCUUUGAGAAUAAGGGCGCCAUGAUGGGUUGUUCAAAUCCCCAUCCUCACUGCCAGGUGUGGGCCAGCAACUUUCUGCCCAAUGAGCCGGCUCUGUCAGACCGCUGCCAGAGAACGUACUAUGAGAAACACGGAGAGCCGCUGCUGCUGCAGUACGCCAGACAAGAGGCUGAGAGGAAGGAGCGUGUGGUGGUGGAGAGUUCUGAUUGGCUUGCGGUGGUUCCAUAUUGGGCGACAUGGCCCUACCAGACAUUGCUGUUACCACGACGACAUGUCCUCCGAAUCAGUGACCUGACAACUGAGGAGAGGGAGGGUCUGGCGGCCAUUAUGAAGCGUCUUCUUACGAAGUACGACAAUCUGUUCGAAGUCUCCUUUCCCUACUCAAUGGGCUGGCACGGAGCCCCAACUGGCCCCCAUUUAAAAGAAGACAACUCCCACUGGCAGCUGCAUGCUCACUACUACCCUCCUCUGCUGCGUUCAGCCACAGUUAAGAAGUUCAUGGUGGGCUAUGAGAUGCUCGCCCAGGAGCAAAGGGACCUCACCCCUGAACAGGCUGCUGAGAAAUUGAGAAACCUGCCAGACGAGCACUACAAAAUCAGAGAAAACCAGGAAAACGGAGAAGAAAAGGAAAAGUGAAACUUUCCCAGUGGGAACAGAGGAGUUUUUUUGAAGGCAAACGAUGGAGAGACACCCUCUCCAAUUUUAAUGCCAUGAUUUCAUCUUGCUUUUCUGAUUUAGUUGGAGAAUUUUGUGCAACAUUCGUGAAGACACUUGCCCAUCCCAGAAAUACCUUCAGGCUUGGUUUGCAGAACAGCAACUUUCACACAAACUGCAUUAAUGUUGCUUCUUUUUGAGGGCAUGUGUGCAGGUGUUGAUGUAUUUAAUUAUGCUUUAGAAUGUAACUGAUAAAUCUGAAAAAAAUGUUUUAUUUCUCAGUUGAACUGUUCAAUUUUGUGAAUAUCUGGAUAUCUUCUAGCUUUUACUGACAUCACUGCACAGUAUACUUCCACUUGCAACAGAUGAGGGGUGCACAAACAGUAGUUUACAGUAUGACUAGUAUUAAACCACAGUAUAACUUUUGGAUUUAUUUGUGAAAAAAGUACUGUAAAAUGAAGUCUUAAAGUGCCUUUUGAUGACACAGGCCUUAGAGAUGUUAAUAUCUGCUCUGUUACUAAGCUUUAUAUGUGCAUUUUAAUGCUUUUAUGUGUGCAUAAAGCUGGUACUGUAAUGAUGGAGUUGAAAUAAAAUGUGUGUUAAAAAAGGAAUGAGAAAAUCUGCUUUGCUGCUGUCCCUUCUGUUGGAUUUAGACAAACUUUUUAGUCUGGUUAUGUUAGAAAGCUUUCAGCCACAAACUGUUUUCUCCCAACAACACCACAUGUUUUUAUGUGAUUUAAAUAAAGUCUUUAUCCUUGAAAAAUA